UCCCGCCGUGUGUUUACGUGGAGACGAAGAUGGCGGCUGCGGCGGUGACGACGCUGCUCGUGCGGCCGAGUACUGUCAGCCAGUGAGCGAGGAGACUGGUUCCACUCCGGGCGGGGAGGAGCGCCGGCCCGGCCCCGCGAGCGGGGCUGUGGAGCUUGCGGUCCCACCUCCGUCUGAACCGACCUUUCCUUUCUACUCUUGACCCCUUGCGUGUCUUCCCCCAGCCUUCCCCGCAGAAGCUAUGGAGGACGAAGAGAGGCAGAAGAAGCUGGAGGCCGGCAAAGCGAGGCUUGCCCAGUUUCGACAAAGGAAAGCUCAGUCUGAUGGGCAGAAUCCUAAGAAGCAGAAGAAAAAGAAGAAAACUUCAAGCAGUAAACAUGACAUGUCAGCAUACCAUGCUGAGAAUACUGAGCAAUCACAGAGUGAUGAGAUGUGUGUAAAUAGUUCUCAGAGAUUAGGAUCAGCCUUAACUCCUGAAUCCACAAUAAUAAGAACUUUACACAGUGGAGGAGUAAUUAAACAUGACCAGGUUUUCUCUGUUGAACCAGAAAGUGAAAUUUCAACCACAGCAGAUGAUUAUAGUUCAGAGGUAAAUGGUUGCAGUUUUGUGGUGAGAACAGGAAAGCCUACAAAUUUAUUAAGGGAAGAAGAAUUUGGUAUUGAUGAUUCUUAUUCUGAACAUGGAGCACAGUACAGUCAGCCCCACCUAGAGAUGCUGGAAAAUGAAUUGGCUGGGAAACAACAUGAGAUUGAAGAGCUAAACAGAGAACUAGAAGAAAUGAGAGCUACUUACGGGACAGAAGGACUGCAGCAGUUGCAAGAAUUUGAAGCUGCCAUUAAACAAAGAGAUGGCAUCAUAACCCAGCUCACUGCUAAUUUACAACAAGCAAGAAGAGAAAAGGAUGAGACAAUGAGAGAAUUUUUAGAGUUGACAGAACAAAGUCAAAAAUUACAGAUUCAAUUCCAGCAUUUACAGGCUAGUGAAACUCUGAGAAAUAGCACUCAUAGUAGCACAGCUGCAGAUUUACUACAAGCCAAACAGCAGAUCCUCACUCAUCAGCAACAGCUGGAAGAACAAGACCAUCUAUUAGAAGAUUAUCACAAAAAGAAAGAAGACUUCAAAAUGCAAAUUAGUUUCUUGCAAGAGAAAAUUAAAGCAUAUGAAAUGGAACAGGAUAAAAAAGUAGAAAAUUCAUGUAAAGAAAUACAGGAAAAGGAGGCCAUCAUUGAAGAAUUAAAUACAAAAAUAAAAGAAGAAGAAAAAAAAACUCUUGAGCUAAAAGAUAAAGUAACAGCUACUGAUAAAUUACUGGAAGAAUUACAAGAACAGGUUGUACAAAAGAACCAAGAGAUAAAAAAUACAAAAUUGGAGCUGACUAAUUCCAAGCAAAAGGAAAGACAGUGUUCUGAGGAAAUAAAACAAUUAAUGGGGACAGUUGAAGAACUUCAGAAGAAAAAUCAUAAAGAUAGUCAAUUUGAAACUGAUGUCCUACAAAGAAUGGAACAAGAAACACAAAGAAAGUUAGAACAACUCCGGGCAGAGCUGGAUGAGAUGUAUGGGCAGCAGAUAGUGCAAAUGAAACAAGAGUUAAUAAAACAGCACAUGUCACAGAUAGAUGAACUUAAAACACGACAUAAGGGAGAAGUGGAAAAUGUGUUAAGAUCAUAUCCAAAUGUUACAGUUAAUGAAGACCAAAUAAAGUUAAUGAAUAUGGCAAUAAAUGAACUGAAUAUAAAAUUGCAAGAUACUAACUCUCAAAAGGAAAAACUCAGGGAAGAACUAGCAGUAAUUUCAGGAGAGAAGUCUGCUCUACAGAGACAGCUUGAAGACCUUUUUGAAGAGUUGAGCUUUUCAAGGGACCAGAUUCAGAGGGCUAGGCAGACAAUAGCUGAACAAGAAAGUAAACUCAGUGAAGCACACAAGUCCCUUAGUACAGUGGAAGAUUUGAAAGCUGAGAUUGUUUCUGCAUCUGAAACCAGGAAGGAACUAGAAUUAAAACACGAAGCAGAAGUUACAAAUUAUAAAAUAAAACUUGAAAUGUUAGAAAGAGAAAAGAAUGCUGUAUUAGACAGAAUGGCUGAAUCACAAGAGGCUGAGCUAGAGAGGCUGAGAACACAGCUUCUGUUUAGUCAUGAAGAAGAACUUUCCAAGCUGAAGGAAGAUUUGGAAAUUGAGCAUCGAAUAAAUAUUGAAAAACUUAAAGAUAACUUAGGCAUUCACUAUAAGCAGCAGAUAGAUAGCUUACAGAAUGAAAUGAGUCAAAAGAUAGAAACCAUGCAGUUCGAAAAAGACAGUUUGAUAACUAAGCAGAAUCAAUUAAUUCUGGAGAUUUCACAGCUGAAAGAUUUACAGCAGUCCCUUGUGAAUUCAAAAUCAGAAGAAAUGACUCUUCAAAUCAAUCAACUUCAAAAAGAAAUUGAAAUACUCAGACAAGAAGAAAAGGAAAAGGGUACACUUGAACAAGAAGUUCAAGAAUUACAACUUAAAACUGAAUUAUUGGAGAAACAAAUGAAGGAAAAAGAGGAUGACCUUCAAAAAAAAUUUAUACAACUUGAAACAGAGAAUAACAUUCUUAAAGAUGAAAAGAAAGGCCUUGAAGACAUGUUGAAAAUAUAUACUCCAGUUAACCAAGAAGAGAGAUUAAUUUUUAUAGACUCCAUUCAGUCCAAAGCCAAAGACUGUAGCUUGCAGAAAGAAAUGAAAAUACUUAGAGAGGAAAAUGAAGACCUCAAAAAACAAUGUAUUCAGCUAACUGAAGAGAUUGAAAAGCAAAAGAAUACUUUUUCAUUUGCUGAAAAAAAUUUUGAGGUUAACUAUCAAGAAUUACAGGAAGAUUAUGCUUGCCUUCUCAAGGUAAAAACUGAUUUAGAAGACAGUAAAAAUAAACAAGAAGUAGAAUAUAAAAGUAAGCUUAAAGCACUUAGUGAAGAACUUCAUCAUUUGCAAAGAAUGAACCCAACUGUAGUGAAAAUGAAAAGUUCAGUCUUUGACGAUGACAAAACUUUUAUAGCAGAACCAUUGGAAAUUGGUGAGGUUGUUGAGAAAGAUACAACUGAACUUAUGGAAAAACUUGAGGUAACCAAGAGAGAAAAGUUAGAACUGUCAGAGAGGCUGUCUGAUCUUUCUGAACAAUUAAAACAGAAACAUGGUGAGAUUGGUUUUCUAAGAGAAGAAGUUGAAUCUUUAAAGCAAGAGAAAGAGCAAGUUUUACUUAGAUGUAGAGAGCUGGAAAUCAUAAUUAACAAUAAUAAAACGGAAAAUGUAAAUAUAUGUGAUGUCUGUUUAAGCCCUUUGAAAGAUGGAGUCUUGAUAAGCAGGGAUUCUGGAGUGUCAGCUCCUAAUAUAAAUAAAGAGUUUGGUGAAGAAUCAAAAAUAAUAGAAGAAGAUAAAAUUCCUUUUGAAAAUAUGACUCUUAGAAAAGAAAGUAAGCAAGAAUGGUUUUUUGAUCACUUGCCGUCAAUGACAGAUGAAUCAUCCCUUGGGACAACUGAAUUAAAUGAAAAUGAUAAACUUCAGCAGGAGCUCAGUAUACUUAAAUCACAACAGAAUGAUUUAAGGCUGCAGAUGGAAGCUCAACGUAUAUGCCUCUCUCUGGUUUAUUCAACUCAUGUGGAUCAGGUUCGUGAAUAUAUGGAAAAUGAAAAAGAUAAAGCUCUUUGCAGUCUUAAACAGGAGCUUAUUUCUGCUCAAGAGGAAAAGAUAAAGGAACUUCAGGAAAUACACCAACUAGAGCUACAGAAUAUAAAACAGCAAGAAACAAGUGAUGAAGUGAAGCCUUUGCAAAUGCUUAUUGGGAAACUUCACAAGGCAGUGUCUGAAGAGUGUUCUCAUUUUACACAGUCUUUUUGCAAUAUCCCUGGUGAACAUUAUACUCCUGCUUUAACAUGUGAAGAGAAAGAGAUGUCUGGUAUUCCUACUUCUGAAAAUCAAGAGCUAGAAUUUCGAGAUUAUAGAUAUGAAGUUCAAGAGUGUCAAGAAAAUAUGCAAACUCUUCUCAACAAAGUAACAGAAGAAUACAACAAACUCUUGGUACUUCAGUCACGAUUAAGUAAGAUGCAGAAACAGCAGACAGGUGAUGUGAAACUUGAAUUUGCAGAAGAAAACCUACUAAAAAAGGAAACAGACUUUGUAUCAACCCAUACUCAGAUGGCCCAUUUGCAGGACAUUGAUGUUAGUCAUAAAAGCAUCUUAUCUACUCUGGAAAAUACUGAAAACAUUAAACAACUUGAAGGACAAGUUCAAGAGUUAGAAAACCUUGUAUCCUCUUUGCAGCAGCAAUUGAAAGAAACUGAAGAGAACCAUGAGGCAGAGAUUCAUUCUUUGCAGGAAAGGCUUCAAGCUGUUAAUGAGUCCACAGUUCAGCCAAGCUUCUCCAUUGAUUCAGUGGUAAUUGCUGAAUCAAAUUUAUGGAAAACAGUAUACCCUGGAAGUUGUCUAAAACAGAACAUUGAUGGCACAGCAGAGUUUUCUAGUGAAUAUGGAGAGCAACAGAAAACAAACAUGGUUAAGUUGCUGGAAAAACAGUACCAAGAACGAUUAGAAGAGGAAGUAGCUAAGGUCAUUGUGUCAAUGAGUAUAGCAUUUGCUCAGCAAACUGAACUAUCUAGAUUAUCUGGGGAAAAAGAAGAUACUACAUCAUCAAAACAAACAUCUGCUCUCUGUCAGCAAGAACAGCAUUACUUAAAUGAAAUGAAAUUAUCACAAGGUCAGAUUGGUUUUCAGACUUCUGAGGCAACAGAUGGGAAAUUUUAUGAAGAAUUUAAACCACUUAGUAAAGAGUUAGGAGAAGAUGCAGAGGAAGUUCUUUCAUCAGACAGGGAUAAUCUUGAUGAUACACAAGAAUCAAAGGACCAUGAACUGGCUAUUUCAGAAGAAAUGUUCUCCAAGGAUAAAACAUUUAUAGUCAGACAAUCUCUCCAUGAUGCAAUUUUGGUAUCAAGCAUGGAUGCUUCCAGACAACUAAUGUUAAAUGAAGAACAGUUGGAAGACAUGAGACAGGAACUUGUACGACAAUAUGAAGAACAUCAACAGGCAACAGAAUUAUUAAGGCAGGCACACAUGCGGCAGAUGGAGAGACAGCGAGAAGACCAGGAACAGCUACAAGAAGAGAUUAAGCGGCUAAAUAAACAACUAGCUCAGAGAUCCUCAAUAGAUAAUGAAAACCUGGUUUCAGAGAGAGAGAGGGUGCUUUUAGAGGAGCUGGAAGCACUAAAGCAGCUGUCUUUAGCUGGAAGAGAGAAGCUGUGUUGUGAGCUGCGCAACAGCAGUACGCAAACACAGAAUGGAAAUGAAAACCAAGAAGUUGAGGAACAGACCUUUAAAGAAAAGGAAUUGGACAGAAAACCUGAAGAGGUGCCUCCUGAAAUUCUGUCCAGUGAAAGGUAUGCACUCCAGAAGGCUAAUAAUAGACUUUUGAAAAUCCUCUUAGAAGUUGUAAAGACAACAGCAGCUGUUGAAGAAACAAUUGGUCGCCAUGUCCUUGGUAUUCUAGAUAGAUCUAGUAAAGGCCAGUCAUCUGCCUGCCUAAUUUGGAUGUCAGAAGCAGAGACACCAAUAAAGUCAUGUGUCCAUGAGGAACAUACAGGAGUUACAGAUGAAUCCUUAUCAUCUUACUCUGGAAGUGAUAUACCAAGAAAUGACAGUAGCAUGUGGUCAAAAGUAACAGAGGAAGGAACAGAGCUCUCAAAACGGCUCGUGAGGAGUGGAUUUGCUGGAACUGAAAUAGACCCUGAAAAUGAAGAGCUUAUGCUGAAUAUUAGCUCUCGACUACAAGCAGCAGUUGAAAAACUCCUAGAAGCCAUAAGUGAAACUAGUAGUCAGCUGGAACAUGCAAAAGUUACACAGACAGAAUUGAUGCGUGAGUCAUUUAGACAGAAGCAAGAAGUGACAGAAUUCCUUAAGUGCCAAGAAGAACUGCGAGAGCGCCUUCAUGAGGAGUCCAGGGCCAGAGAACAGCUGGCUGUGGAGCUCAGUAAGGCUGAGGGUGUCAUUGAUGGCUAUGCAGAUGAAAAAACGCUUUUUGAAAGGCAAAUUCAGGAAAAAACUGAUAUAAUAGAUCGUCUUGAGCAGGAGUUGUUAUGUGCAGGUAAUAGAUUACAAGAAUUGGAAGCAGAGCAACAGCAGAUCCAAGAAGAAAGAGAAUUACUGUCAAGGCAGAAGGAAGCUAUGAAAGCAGAGGCAGGCCCAGUUGAACAGCGACUAGUAGAUGCUGCAGUCGAUGCAGCACCUGGAGCAGAAUUACUACAGGAAACAGAAAAACUGAUGAAAGAAAAACUAGAAGUACAGUGUCAAGCUGAAAAAGUUCGCGAUGACCUUCAAAAACAAGUGAAAGCUCUAGAAAUAGAUGUUGAGGAACAAGUUAGUAGAUUUAUAGAGCUGGAACAGGAAAAAAAUGCUGAGCUAAUGGAUUUAAGACAGCAAAACCAAGCACUGGAAAAGCAGUUAGAAAAAAUGAGAAAAUUUUUAGAUGAGCAAGCCAUUGACAGAGAACAUGAGAGAGAUGUAUUCCAACAGGAAAUACAGAAACUAGAGCAGCAACUUAAGGUCAUACCUCGAUUCCAGCCUAUCAGUGAACAUCAAACCAGAGAGGUUGAGCAGUUAACAAAUCAUUUGAAAGAAAAAACAGACAAGUGCAGUGAACUCUUGCUCUCUAAAGAGCAGCUUCAGAGGGAUAUACAGGAGCGGAAUGAAGAAAUUGAGAAACUGGAGUUCAGAGUAAGAGAACUGGAGCAAGCCUUACUCCUUAGUACGGACACUUUUCAGAAGGUAGAGGAUCGAAAACAGUUUGGAGCUGUAGAAGCUAAAGCGGAAUUAUCCCUAGAAGUACAAUUGCAGGCUGAACGAGAUGCCAUAGAUAGAAAGGAAAAAGAGUUUUUUUUCUCUUUCCUUUUGCUAAUUUUGAUGUCAAAGAUCACGAACUUAGAAGAACAGUUAGAACAGUUCAGAGAAGAACUGGAAAAUAAGAAUGAAGAAGUCCAGCAACUGCAUAUGCAAUUAGAAAUACAGAAAAAAGAAUCUACUACCCGUCUACAAGAACUUGAACAAGAAAACAAAUUAUUUAAGGAUGAAAUGGAAAAACUGGGAUUCGCCAUAAAGCAAUCUGGUGCCAUCUCUACUCAGGACCAACAUUUACUAUUUGGGAAAUUUGCUCAAAUAAUGCAAGAAAAAGAAGUAGAAAUUGACCGAUUGAAUGAGCAAAUUACAAAACUUCAGCAUCAACUUAAGAUUACAACAGAUAACAAGGUUAUUGAAGAAAAAAAUGAACUAAUAAAAGAUCUUGAAACCCAGAUAGAAUGUUUGAUGAGUGAUCAAGAAUGUAUGAAGAAAAAUAGAGAAGAAGAAAUUGAGCAGCUCAAUGAAGUGAUUGAAAAACUUCAACAGGAAUUGGCAAACAUUGAACAGAAGACAUCAGUGGAUGCUAAUACUCUUCCAGAAGAAGCAGAUAGUUUAAAACAUCAGUUGGAUAUGGUAAUAGCAGAAAAACUGGCUUUGGAACAGCAGGUAGAAACCGCUAAUGAGGAAAUGGCCUUUACAAAAAAUGUGCUUAAAGAAACCAAUUUUAAAAUGAACCAGCUAACACAAGAAUUAUGCAGCCUAAAGAGAGAACGUGAAAAUAUUGAAAGAAUCCAUGGCAUUCCAGAGAAAAGUAUUAACAUGGCUAUAGAUGAUCUGAGUGAAAACAAACCUGGACUAGAAGUAGUCCUUACUGAAGAUGCUCUUAAACCCUUGGAAAAUCAGACUUACCUCAAAUCUUUUGAAGAAAACAGCAAAGUUUCCAUAAGCAGUUUGGAAACAAAAGUACUACAACUUGAGAACACUGUGAGUGCAAAGGACUUAGAACUUACCCGAUGUCAUAAGCAAAUAAAGGACAUGCAGGAGCAAGGCCAGUCUGAAACAGAAAUGCUUAAAAAGAAGAUUGCAAACCUACAAAAUAUACUUGAGGAAAAGGUUGCUGCUGCUCUAGUGAGUCAAGUCCAACUUGAAGCAGUUAAAGAAUAUGCAAAAUUCUGUCAAGAUAAACAAGCAGUUUCACUAGAAUCUGAAAGAACAGAUACACAGAAGUUAAAUCAACUAACAAAAAAUGAGAUGGAGUCAGAUGUUUCAGUACUGACCUUGAGAAUAUCAGAAUUAGAAAGCCAGGUGGUUGAAAUGCAGACUAGCUUGAUCUCAGAAAAAGAGCAGGUAGAAAUUGCAGAGAAAAAUGCUUUGGAAAAAGAAAAGAAGUUAUUAGAAUUACAGAAGCUAUUGGAGGACAAUGAGAAAAAACAGGGAGACAAAGAAAGGAACAGAAGCCCUCAAGGAGAUUUUGAAGUUCUCAAGACAACUACUGAGCUGAUUCAUACUAGUGAAGAAAAUGGAUUUUUUGGUCAACUUGGCACACUUAGGGCUGAGUCAGCAGCUACCAAAGAAGAACUUGCCAGUUAUAAAGAGAAGGCAGAGAAGCUACAAGAAGAGCUUCUGGUAAAAGAAACAAAUAUAGCAUUUCUCCAGAAAAAUUUAAGCCAAGUUAGGGAUCAACUCAAAAGGGCAGAAGAGAAAUUAUCCUACUUCUUAGAAAAAGAAGAUAAUACUGAGGUUCAAGAAAACAGAAAUAUCUGCAUAUUAGAGCCGCUUCCUACAAAAGUUGGUAAAAGCUCCGCAUCCCAGACAGAUGGGACUCUCAAGGUCAACAGCAGCAAUCAAACGCCACAAAUUCUUGUUAGAAAUGCAGGAAUCCAAAUUGAUUUACAGAGUGAAUGUUCAUCGGAAGAAGUCACUGAAAUAAUUAACCAGUUUACUGAAAAAAUUGAGCAAAUGCAAGAACUACAUGCUGCUGAAAUUAUGGAUAUGGAAUCCAGACAUAUUUCUGAAACUGAAACCUUAAAGAGAGAUCACUAUGUCGCUGUUCAGUUACUGACAGAGGAAUGUGGUACCUUGAAGUCAGUGAUACAGUGUCUGAGAUCUAAAGAGGGAUCUUCAGUUCCUGAAUUAACACAUUCUGAUGCUUACCAAGCUAGAGAAAUAUGUUCCAGUGAUUCUGGAUCAGACUGGGGUCAGGGAAUUUAUCUUACACAAAGCCAGGGAUUUGACACAGCAUCAGAAGGCCGAGGAGAAGAAGGUGAAAGUUCAGCAGAUUCAUUUCCAAAGAAAAUAAAGGGAUUACUGAGAGCUGUCCAUAAUGAAGGCAUGCAGGUGCUCUCUCUCACCGAAUCUCCCUAUAGUGAUGGAGAAGACCAUUCUGUUCAGCAAGUUUCAGAAUCUUGGCUAGAAGAGAGAAGAACUUUGCUCAGCACAAUCUCCUCUCUUAGGGAUUUAAUUACCAAAAUGCAAGUGCACAAAGAGGCUGAGGUUUAUGAUAAUUCUCAGUUUCAUGAGAGCUCCUCCGACUGGCGAGGUGAACUUCUUCUUGCUCUUCAGCAGGUUUUCUUAAAGGAGCACAGUGUUUUACUAGCUGCAUUUCAGACUGAACUGACAGCUCUUGGUACUAGAGAUGCAGUUGAAUUAUUAAAUUGUUUGGAACAGAGAAUACAAGAACAGCGUGUUGAAUAUCAAUCAGCUAUGGAAUGCCUCCAGAAAGCAGAUAGAAGGAGUUUGUUAUCUGAAAUUCAAACACUGCAUGCCCAAAUGAAUGGUAGGAAAAUGAUUCUGAAAAGAGAACAAGAGAAUGAUCAACCAAGCCAAGAACUCUUGGAAUAUAAUAUGCAGCAGAAGCAGUCUCAAAUCCUGGAGAUGCAAGUGGAGCUCAGCAGUGUGAAAGACAGAGCAACAGAACUGCAGGAACAACUGAGUUCUGAGAAAAUGGUGGUUGCUGAACUAAAAAGUGAACUUGCACAAACUAAAUUGGAACUAGAAACAACGCUCAAGGCACAGCAUAAGCACCUAAAGGAAUUAGAGGCAUUCAGGUUGGAAAUUAAAGAUAAAACAGAUGAAGUGCAUUUGCUUAAUGACACAUUAGCAAGUGAACAGAAAAAAUCCAGAGAGCUACAGUGGGCUUUGGAGAAAGAGAAAGCCAAACUGGGACGCAAUGAAGAGCGGGAUAAAGAAGAACUUGAGGAUCUGAAAUUUUCACUUGAGGGUCAGAAACAAAGGAAUAUUCAGCUAAAUCAACUUUUGGAACAACAGAAACAACAACUAAACGAAUCACAGCAGAAAAUAGAAUCACAAAGAAUGCUACAUGAUGCCCAGUUAUCCGAAGAACGAGGUCGAAACUUAGAGCUUCAAGUACUUCUUGAAUCUGAGCAAGUUCGAAUUCGAGAAAUGAGCAGUACCUUGGACAGGGAGCGGGAAUUACAUGCACAACUGCAGAGCAGUGUUGAUAGCGGGCAGCCUCGACCAUCCUUACCCUCUGAUGACCUCCUUAGAGAGCUCCAGAAACAGCUAGAAGAGAAACACAGUCGCAUAGUAGAAUUGUUAAAUGAGACUGAGAAAUAUAAACUUGAUUCUUUACAAACAAGACAGCAAAUGGAAAAGGAUAGGCAAGUUCACAGAAAGACAUUGCAGACAGAACAAGAGGCCAAUACAGAGGGACAGAAAAAAAUGCAUGAGCUCCAGUCCAAAGUGGAAGAUCUUCAGCGCCAACUGGAAGAGAAAAGACAACAAGUUUAUAAGUUAGACCUUGAAGGAAAACGACUUCAAGGAAUUAUGCAGGAAUUCCAGAAGCAAGAGCUAGAACGAGAAGAAAAACGAGAAAGUAGAAGAAUUCUGUACCAGAAUCUUAACGAGCCAACCACAUGGAGUUUAACCAGUGAUCGAACCAGAAAUUGGGUUCUUCAGCAGAAAAUAGAAGGAGAGACAAAGGAAUCAAGCUAUCCUAAAAUGAUUGAAAUAAAUAGAGGAGACUGUAAUCAUGAAUUAGAAAUGAUCAGACAAAAACUUCAGUGUGUGGCUUCAAAACUCCAGCAUCUAGCUCAGAAAGCCUCUAAUAGACUACAGUUUGAAACAGCAGAUGAUGAAGAUUUUGUUUGGGUUCAGGAAAAUAUUGAUGGAAUUAUUUUACAACUACAAAAGUUAACUGGCCAGCCAAGUGAAGAGUCUAGCUUAAUGUCCCCAAGCACUUCUUGUGGUUCAUUAACUGAAAGACUGCUGAGACAAAAUGCUGAGCUGACAGGACAUAUCAGCCAACUAACUGAAGAAAAGAAUGAUUUAAGAAACAUGGUUAUGAAGCUGGAGGAGCAGAUCAGGUGUUAUCGGACAGGAGCUGGCAGAGAUUAUUCUUCCAGGUUUUCAUUCAGUGGUGGCCCCAACAUUGAAGCCAUCAUUGCUUCAGAAAAAGAAGUCUGGAACAGAGAAAAGUUGACUCUCCAAAAAUCCUUGAAAAGGGCAGAAGCCGAAGUGUACAAACUCAAGGCUGAACUAAGAAAUGAAGCUUUACUUCAAAAUCUGAGCCCUGAGUCUGAGCACACCACAAUAAAGAGAAUUUAUGGUAAAUACCUGAGGGCAGAAAGUUUUCGGAAGGCUCUCAUUUAUCAAAAGAAAUACCUGCUGCUGUUACUAGGUGGGUUUCAGGAAUGUGAGGAUGCCAGCCUGGCUCUACUUGCCCGGAUGGGGGCGCAGCCAGCCUUUGCAGAUCUUGAGGUGAUCACCAACCGUCCAAAGGGCUUCACCAGGUUUCGUUCAGCUGUCAGAGUGUCCAUGGCAAUUUCGAGAAUGAAAUUUUUGGUUCGACGGUGGCAUCGAGUCACAAGUUCCGGUCCCAUCAAUAUUAACAGGGAUGGCUUUGGACUGAAUCCAGGUGCUGAAAAGACUGACUCAUUUUAUCAUUCUUCUGGUGGAUUGGAGCUAUAUGGAGAACCAAGACACACUGCGUAUCGCUCAAGAUCAGAUCUGGACUAUCCAAGGUCUCCUUUACCAUUUCAGAAUAGGUACCCAGGCACUCCAGCUGAUUUAAAUCCCAGUUCUUUAGCAUGCUCUCAGCUUCAGAAUUAUGAUCCUGACAGAGCCCUGACAGAUUAUAUCACUCGGCUAGAGGCGCUACAGAGACGGCUUGGAACUGUACAGUCAGGUACCCUCAGCUUAACCAAGUACUGGCAGCACCAUGGUGCUAGAUAGACCCAGAACUCUUUCUUUUCUUGAAAUUCCUUGACCUUCCUCAUUAGGACAAUCAAAUCUUAAACUUGAGUAUGAGUUACCAAGCUAGAUUUAGGAAUUUAAGCCAAAACUUGAUUUAUCACCCUGGAUCCCACUCUCCUGCUUAUCUCAUUAAGACAAUUGAUUAGGUGAAGUACAUGAUGAGCAUCUAUGUACAAAGUACUCUGAGACACACAGAGUUUCUGCUGGAGAAUUUGCUGCCAAGUGAUACAUGCUGAGGCAUCCAAAUAAGAGCUGGGGAGAUGAGAGGAGGAAGCAAGUGCUUUUUAUAUGUGAUCCAAGAAACCCAUCCUAUUCAAAGGACUGUGCAAGAAUGACCUUUUAUUGUCUCUGCUAAAAACAAAAAAAAACAGGAAAAGGGAGGGGGAAAGAAAACCACACAAAAAUUUUUUUGUACUUAGUAAAUGUGGAAUCCCUUCCCUUUUUAUUGUGGGAAAAAACCUCUCUUCUCUGUCUCUCAAUUCACUCCUGAUUCAAUGGUCUUGAAUCAUUUUAAUUUAAUGAGCUUUAAGUCAGUUUAUAUGUAUGUAUGUGUAUAUGUAUAUUUUCCUUUUAUUAAAGACCCUUUUUUCCUACUAUUCCCACAAAAUAGAUAGGACUAAUAGCCAGUUAUUUUAAAUUAGUAGUUUGCCUCUUCAUAUAAGAAAUUGUCUAACCCAAGCAACUUAUAGUUGUAGGAAGCAAUUAUCAUAGCAGGACUUGGUUGGCCUGAGCAUUUAUAUUUCACAAGACCCAGAUUUUUAAGACCAAGAGGUAUUUCAAGAGGCAAGAGGUAUAGAACAUUCAACCUGCAGGGCACUUUACAGAGAAUCUUAUCAUUAAUCUCACUUAGCAUGCCCUGGAGCCAGCCACGGUGAGUUUUGAAUAUAUGUUCAAGGUCUCCUAUUGUGUAAGCCAGCUGCUACAGCUCUGAUUCCACCCCUAGCCUAGGAAUCUCCAUAUGCCCUAAAAAAAGACACACACAAAAAAGAGUCUCUUUUAAAAAUCAGUUCAAUUCUGAAUAAGAUUAUUUUAGGCAGAAAAAAGUUUUUAAAAAUGGUGCCUCCUUCUGCCCUUCAUGGAGUCAGACGCGCUACCAUUGCGCCACAAGGUCCCUCUUCUGCCCUUUAUGAACUGGUUAGUCUGAUUUAAGUCACAAUCUCAUUGAAAUCACUGAAGUAUCCUAUUUCUAUGUUACAGGUUCAACUCAGUUUCAUGCUGGCAUGAGAAGAUAAUCCUUUGAAACAUGAAUCAAAGUGAUUUUAAACAAAUUCCCUUUUGUAAAUCAAUGGUUCUUUUGUGCUUUUGUAUUGUGGAUAUUCACCGGGACCAAUACAAACACAGCUUAUGAUUGUAUACAAAUCCCUUGCCAGCACAUGAAAACAAACUGGAUUCUGUACAUAUAAGCAUUGUGUAUGUAUUCAUGCACAAUAAUCAUCAAAUUACAUGUAUAUUUGUGGAAUGCUAAUUUAAAUGAUUAAAUUAUAAACCUUGUGUAUUUAUCAAAUGGGUGAAAAGAUUAAACUUUUGCGCAUUAUGAUACUGUUGAAUGUGUAGCUCGAGGUGUCCUGCACUUUUCUUAUAAGGCUACUGAAGUUACAUGUUACUGCCUAAUAUAUUUGCUACUGGUGAUAAAGACAGAUAAUAUCACUUGUAGAGACCUAUUUUUGUAUAAUGGUAGAAGUUUUGGAUUUUAUGGGGUAUUUUGUCAAGUACUGAAAUAAAAAUGACUUCACCAUUUUAACUA